GGGGCGCUAAUGUGUCGAAACCUAGCUGGAGAGUUGAUGGCAGAUGAAAGUAAAGGGAGGGAAAACGCUGUCGUCCUGACCAGACUCCAGAGCACAGCUCCAGAGGCAGUGUAGGGUCCAGGAGGAGAAGACACCUUUUGAAACUUCCUGUCCUGUUUUACAAAAUGACUAUCAUCAUUCGUUUGCAAGGCCUUGAUGUGAAGGCAGGCACUGAAGACAUCAGGACGUUCUUUAAACGCCUUAACAUUCCUGAAGGUGGAGUCUACAUACUGGGAGGAUGUCUAAGAGAGGCGUUCAUUGCAUUCAGCACAGAAAAGGAUGCCCAGCUUGCCAUGCGGCUCACAGGACAUAUCUUAAAAGGGUCUAAUGUGACUCUUCAUAUAAGCAACAUGGCAGAGUUGGAGCACAAACUUAAGUCAUUGUUAAAUAAGAAGACCCCCUCCCCCAACCUAGUGAAGAUACCAAGACCUUCUAGGGAUGCAAAUCUACACAUGAAUGAAAGGAAUCUAAGCCCUCAAACUGCAGAUCUACCACCCUCUACCAUGCUACAUGAUAUCACAACUGCAAAUCUGCAACAGCUUCUCUGUGCUGACACUACAAAUCAACAAGAUCCAAGUGCGCCCACACUUGAUUCAAGUACUGCCUUUCUUCUUGGAAUUUGUACUGUCCUUCAAGGCCUCCAGUCAUCCGAUCAGAGUAAAGAUGACGUAAUUAAUUACACAGAGGCUGGCAACAGAGAUGUGUCUUAUGAGAUGAAGACUGAAGAGCAAAAUGUAGAGUCAAUCCCAGGCUAUGUCAGACUCUUUGGUCUGCCAUCCUCUACCACGAAAGAUGACAUCUGCCAGUUUUUCAGAGGGUUGGCUGUACAGGAAGCCAUAGUGAAUGUGAAGUUGGGACUUAACCAUGGCUGCCUUGUUAAGUUUGCAAACGUACAGGAUGCAAGUGAUGCACUUCUCUUCAAUCAACAUCAGCUGGGCAACAUCUCUGUUGAGGUACGUGGAGCAACAGAGAAGAUGUGGACCGGUGCUCUGCAAGAAUGUGAACAUGCUUUGAAUGUUGGAGCAAAGGUAAAACGGAAGCGAAGCCCUUUCAGAGAAACGGCAAACCACAAACAAAGAUUGCUUCCCUCAUUACGGAUCAAGAGUGGACAUGUUGGUCAACUGCCAUUAAAAGCAAAGAGGCCAAGACCAGACAAUGACUUAAGUGCCAUUUCACCAACAAAAGAGUACAUUGUCAAGGUUAGUAAUCUACCCACAACGAUGACAAAGACGGAAAUAAAAGAAUUAUUUCGAUGCGCAUCUAUUCCACACAAAAAUGUACUACAUCUGCUUGACAAGGAAGGAAACAGAACCGACACAGCUUUUAUCAUUUUUAAAGACACUGAGGAUUAUGACUAUGCAAUGACUCUCACCGGUUGCCACGUGGGUUCUUCUGCUAUUGAGGUCUCGUCAGUCUCACGAUUGAUGAUGAAGGAAUUGAUGGCUAAAACCCACCCAAGGAAUCAGAACCAUUUUCUGAGGACAGACAAGAAAACAAAGCAGAAGAGCUUUGUUCCAGCAGAGGAACCACCAAGUGGGAACCUAGACCCAGCAGCUCAGACAUGCCUGUUUGUUCGAAACAUGCCAGCUGAUGUUCAUGAAAGUCAAAUAAAGGGUUUUUUCUGCAAAUACAAAAUUGCAGAGGAUGAUAUUUCCCUUCUACGUGACAGUGCAGGUACGAGUAUUGGUGAAGCUGUGGUCCAGUUUGGAUCAGCCAAGUCUGCUGCACUUGCUCAGAGGCUCCAUGGACUGAACUUUCUUGGGUCUGAAGUGCUCCUAACCCUCAUUAAUGUGAAGCAGAUGGAGGACAUCUUGGGACACACAUUGCCUGACAAAGUUGAAAAUUAAUCUUCAACUGCAGACCCAGAUAUCAAGAACUGAUGGAUCUUAAUUUUGCUACGUUGUCUUUCUACUCAAUUGCAUCAACCUGUUAUGUUUCCUACUUGUAAUCAAAUGUAUUCACUAUGCUCAAUAUUUGCUAAGCGUUUCUAUACAAUCCAUGUGAACAUCUUGUACAUUUUUAAAUAAAUGUAUUAGAACUGUC